CCCCCCGCGACCCAGUUGGAUAAGCGGUUUGGAAAAUGGAUGGAUGGAUGGAUUUAUCUCGAAUUGAAAAUCUCACUCCAGCCAGCUGACCAAAGUUGGCAACCCUGGGAAACGAGAGUGCGUUUGUCUCCGUGACGUCAUUGUUUUUAACGGGUUUUAAAAUGUUGAAUAUUUGAAUGUGAUCAGCACGCAAAAUACUAGUUUAUUUCUUUGAGAUACAGCAUACUGGGAUUUUUAUUUGGUGAGUUUCAGCUUCCGUUGGGUGGAUUUUAAGCAGACCUUGGACUGGAGAUUUUUGCUGGACCUGACAACACUGCUCACAGUACGGAUGGCGUACAGAGGACAAGGACAAAAGGUUCAGAAGGUUAUGGUUCAGCCAAUCAAUCUCAUUUUCAGGUACCUCCAGAACCGUUCUAGAAUCCAAGUAUGGCUUUAUGAGCAAGUCAACAUGCGGAUAGAGGGAUGCAUAAUAGGAUUUGAUGAAUAUAUGAACCUGGUGCUGGAUGAUGCAGAAGAGGUCCACAUGAAAACCAAGAACCGUAAACCUCUUGGGCGGAUCAUGUUAAAGGGAGACAAUAUCACCUUGCUACAAAGUGUAGCUAAUUAAUAGACAAGAUUCUGAAGUGUUCACUGAAAUCAGUUGAUGUGAUUUCAGAAUACAAAUCCACUUGCAUCGUGGAAUAAUGUAACCUUUUCUUUUAACUUUAAAAUAAAAUGUUUUGACUGCA